CCCCGUUUGUUGCAGUUAGUCUCAAAAUGCUGCAGCGACUCUGUCGUCCUUCCAGAGGCGAUUCUGAAGUUCACGGACACGAGUGGACGACUGGAGGCGCAGUUUCUGUCAUGACGCACAAGGAUUUAAAGCAAGAUCCAACUUUUUAACUGUAUUUUCACGUUGGCCAGCUGAUUAUGGAGUACUGGAGGCAGUGUGCGAUGUGGCUGAUCGGCUGCAACGUGCUGCCGGCGAACCACCGGGUCACCGCGGAUACGGCGCAGGUAUUUGACCUGGCGCAGACCCUGCGGGACGGGGUGUUGCUGUGCCAGCUGCUAAACAACCUGAAGACCCACACCAUCAACCUGAAGGAGAUCAACCUGAGGCCGCAAAUGUCCCAGUUCUUGUGCUUGAAGAACAUCAGGACCUUCCUGUCUUCUUGCUGUGAUGUGUUUGGGAUGAAGAAAAGUGACUUAUUUGAAGCCUUUGACCUUUUUGAUGUCAGAGAUUUUGGAAAGGUCAUGGACACUCUGUCAAAGCUCUCUCAUACAGCAAUUGCUCAGCAAGGAGGAUUCAAACCGUUUCCAAUGGAGGAGAGCCUGAAAAACGAGGAGAUUUACAACAACCUGGAAGACUUGAUUGAUGAGAAUGUUCCUGAGGACGAAGAUGACUUGUAUGCAGCGGUAUACGGGCUGGAAGAGGAGUAUGCGGGCGGAGAGAUCUAUGCAGACCUUAUGAGGACAGAACAGCAUGCACCACUGAAGCAGGUGGAGGUUGAUGUGCGUAGCUGCUGCCUUUCAGAGAUUAAACAGACAGAAGAGCGAUACACAGAGACAUUGGAGUCCAUUGAGAAGUAUUUCCUGAAUCCAUUGAAGAAAUUCUUUUCUGAAGCUGAAAUUGAUAAAGUUUUUGUUAAUAUUCCUGAUUUGGUUAAAGUUCACAAGAGCCUAAUGGUCGAUCUGCAAGACUCGAUCCUGAACAAAAACGCCCUUAAUCUCUACCAAAUCUUUAUCAGCUAUAAGGAAAGACUUCUCAUUUAUGGGAUAUACUGCAGUCGGGUGGAAAUUGCCAUUGCUGUUUUAGACCUUAUCUGCAAAGAGAAAGAGGACGUCCGCCUGAAGCUUGAGGAGUGCUCUAAAAGGGCCAACAAUGGGAAGUUCACACUGAGAGACCUGCUGGUUGUUCCCAUGCAAAGAGUUCUAAAGUACCAUCUCCUGCUACAGGAACUCGUCAAACACACUCACGAGGCUGCUCAUAAGAGCAACCUGACGAUCGCUCUUGAUGCCAUGAAGGACCUUGCUCAGUAUGUCAACGAAGUGAAGAGAGAUAAUGAGACUCUGAGGGAGAUCGACCAGUACCAGAGAUCUAUUGAAAACAUGAAUCAGCCUCUUGUCACUUUUGGUCGGCCAAAAGGAGAUGGGGAGGUACGCUUGGUCUCCAGUGUUGACAAGAAGAAACAGGACAGGCACAUAUUUUUAUUCGAUGUAGCAGCCAUUGUUUGCAAGCGAAGAGGAGACAACUACGAGAUGAAGGACAUACUAGAUCUUAACUACUUCAAAGUUACAAACAAUCCUACAUCUGACAGAGAAAACAAAAAGUGGUGCUAUGGCUUCUAUGUGACGCAUCAGCAGGGACAUGCAGGCUUCGAGCUCUUCUUUAAGACCAGAGAGCUGAAGAAGAAGUGGUUGGAUCAGUUUGAAAUGGCGAUCUCCAAUAUCCGGCCUGAAAAAGCCAACCACAACUCCCACCAGUUCAAGAUGCACACAUUUGAAAGGAUCACUUCCUGUAGUUACUGUCACCUUUUGCUCAGGGGCAUCUUUAACCAGGGUUAUCUGUGUCAAAAAUGUGACCUGGGGGCUCAUAAAGAAUGCCUGGGUCGACUGGGAGUCUGUGGGAGAACAGAUCCUGUCAAGCCGAGGCCCAAGGAGAACACAGCACGACCAGACUCAGGUUUACCGAGGAUGAUUGUGAUCAGAGACUACAGCGGCAUCCCCAGUCCCCUGUGUGGGCCCCCACUAAGCAUUCAGGCGGGGGAUGUAAUUGAGUUGAUGUUUGCUGACCUGCACAGCUCCUGGUGGCAGGGCAAAAUUCUGGCGAAAAGCAAGACUGGCUUCUUUCCAAGUGAUGCUGUGAGACCGUGUCCAUGUGUUCCAAAACCUAUCGAUUAUUCUUCCCAGCUUUGGUUUGCAGGGCUAAUGGAGAGACACCAAGCUGAGGUGGAGCUCAUGGACAGAGGGAACAGCACUUAUCUGGUUCGACACCGGAGCAAAGAGUGCAACGAAUAUGCCAUCAGCAUAAAGUUCAACGAUAAAGUCAAGCACAUUAAGAUUCUGACCAAGGAUGGAUGUUUUUACAUCGCUGAGAGUCAACUAUUCAAGACUGUGCUGGACUUGGUGGAGUACUAUAAACAGCACUCUCUGAAAGAGGGUUUCAGCAGUCUUGACACCACUCUGCAGGUUCCCUACCGAGUGCUGUCCAAUGGAAACAUGCCUACGGCCAUUACCAAGGUUGGCAACGUUCCUCCUGGCGGCGGCAGCUUUGUUCCUCCUUCCUCCUCGCCUUUCUGGUCAGGUACAGUUUUUUCUCCCAGGGUAGUGGGUAUUGCAGUGGCACGUUACGACUUUAGCUCCAGAGAUAUGCGGGAGCUCUCUCUACAGCAGGGAGACAUCAUCAGGAUCUACACCAAGAUGUCCAAUGGCUGGUGGAAGGGAGAGGUUGAUGGCAAGGUGGGCUGGUUUCCCUCAACUUACGUGGAAGAAGAAGACUAACUUCACUCAAUGAUAAGGGAAAGUUGGUGAUGUGCAAUGACCUCCACCCUCCGUACCUUUACUCAGACCUCUCUGAUUAAACCGGGAUAUGAGACGAAGUGACGUUACCCUUUAAAACCUUCUCCUGGUCGCUGGCAGACUCUCACUUAAGGAGGAGGAGGAGGACGUUGGCAAAACAGAGAUUCCAGAGGUGUCACAUCGUAUUUUGAUUCUGUCUGUCCUCUCUGUUCCCUCUCACCUUCUCUUAUUAUUGAUCACUGCUUUGGCUGGGGUAAUACCUGCCUUUGCUGUCAUCAUGUUUCGACACCUGGAAGGCUCAGUCGUCUAGCCCAAAUCGCAGAUCCUGCUGACAGUGCGCCGUGCAGGUACUCCCAUCAAGGAAAAAGAAGGCGCUUUUUAAUUUCCCUUAACCAAACCUCAAAGAACUGGACAGAUAUUAACUUUCAUUUAUGGCAAUUCCUGACAUGGUCAUUGAGUGAUGCUUUUUAAAAAGAGUAUGAAAACUUUUCACUAUUAGUUUGGUGGACUCAGUUUGACUUGGAGAGGAAGGACACAUGUUUAGAAUAAGCUCAUAAAAAAGGCAUAAAUCUAUAUUUUUUGAGUCCAUGGGUCCAAAAUUCAGUUUUAUUAAUAUUUUUUGUUCUUAACGGGUGAAAUCAUGCUUUGAAAUCCUUCCUUUUCACAUUUAAAUCAUUGAGUUGUGGUCUAUAUAAAGUGGAACUGCAAUGCUUUGGUCUGGAUUCCUUGUUAUUGUAGCUCCACAGGCUACUGUUUUUCCCCUGUUCUGAGGUGAGUCUGAGAGCAACAUAAAAAAAAUGUGUUCAUUAGCUAAAUCUCAGGUUAAAAGGUCUUUGGGUAAAUCUUUCUUGAUACCGGUGGAGGUUGCUAAAGGCACUCGUCCUUGAACUGCUUUGCACAUACAAAGAGGAAUUUCCCUACUGGUGUGGGAACAUUUCCAUGAAAAAUCAAAUUUAACCAGGCACUUUGAAGAGAUUCUGCUGGGGGGUGGUGUAUUGAAUUGUGUGUGUUAAUAUACCCAACAACUGAAGAUUUAGACUCAUCCACUUGCAGCUUUGGCGUACUUGAGCUCAAAUUACAAAAUCGCAGCGAGGAAUAAAAUGGCGAAUACGCAAAAUUGGUUAGCCGGAUGUUCAUGACUUUGUUUGGCUGUUCUGCAGCAAAUACUGUGAGAAAAAACUGAACGGAUUAAAAAAUAUGACCCAAACAGAAUAUAAAGAUAUAUACGCAGCACCUGGAGAGACUAAAUUCAACUUUUCUGCACUCCUACGGACUCCAGGUACACAACAAAAUGUAUUUAAGAGCUAAAAAAGUGGAUAUUGCUUAUGUCCACUGUAAUUUGAAUCGUCACUGUAACUUCCCCUUUUGAAAGGUAGUUUGAAUGGUUUACACCUAAAUAGCUUCUUUUUAAGCAUGUUUAUCUCCAAGUAAUGUUUAUUCAGUCAAUCACACAUUCACACACCAGUAAUGUGCAUGGUCGCCAUUUUCAGUAACACAGGGUUUCAAAUCUUCCUCAAGGACAAUUGCACUCCACAUUAUUUUCACAAUCUGCUUAACCUCUUACAUGUGAUGAAAUUGUGUUUUAAAAAAAUACUCUCUAAUAUAAAUUUAUUAAAGCAUAUAUGCUCAAAUGCAAUCAAAUACAAAACAAAGCCACACACUUAGGUGAUGUAAUUUGUGAUACAAUCUUAUACCUCACUGUGAGGUACCAGAGUCCUUUGCAUUUCAAAGAUUUUAGUGUUUACCUCAACUCUUUUUACUUUGAAAAUGAGUGAUUCAAGGGUGAUGUAACAGCUGUUCACUGUUCAGCAAAAUAGCACAAGGGCGUCAAAGUGAUGAGUUUUCCUUCAAACGCCAACACCCUGCUAAUCAUGUGUGUGACAUCAAUAUUUAAUAAAAGCUUUCCAUUCAAAUUGUA